ACCUGGGAGUUUUCUGCUUGCCAGCCUCCAGAUUUACGUUCCAUUCCUGGAAGAGCCAGAAAAUAGGUUCCUGAAGGGAGAUGCUCGAGGAGCUGGAUACAUCAGCUAUCCCUCUGCAGUGCGUGGGUGAUGCAGGCCCUGGGCCUUCAUUUCCUGUCUGACAGGAGAUAGAAAUGAAAAGACAUCCUCUCCUUAAUCCCCUUUUUGUAACCUUUUAGCAGAUGGGAUCUGUCUUCCUACUCUGCUCUGGAUCCCAAGUCUCACUGCUAUUUAUUGUUCCAGAUCGACUGUGCAGAGCUGGGCUCUGCUUGUGUUCCAUGGGAAUCUGCACAAAAUGCAGCUGUUGCCUUCACAAUUCCGGAGAGUUCAGGGUGUUCCCCUGGCCCAUUUGGACACCACCAGGUUCCCAGCUGGGGCAUCUACUUGCAAAGUGCUACUUCUGCUCCCGUUUCUAGGGAGAAAACAUGAUUCCAGUCAGAUAAGGGGAGUGCAACCCAAUUAUCUGCAGAGCAGAAUUCUGCAGAAGCGUUCAUCUCCCGUGAGUGUGAGGAUUCCCGUUUCCCUUGCUGGGAAAGCGAACAAUUCCCUGGAUAACACGGCCCAUUGCUGGGGGCAUCCCGUGCCUGGCGUGGGGUGCUCGGCUGUGCCUGCGCUGGUGAAUAUGAACAGCAGAGCUCUGCCCACAGCCUUUUAAUGCGAGUGACAUCAAAGGCAAAGCCCUGCCUGCUGCCGGGGGGGACCCACAAUGCAGCUGGAGAACGCCGUGGAGCAGCUCCAGGCCUGCUGGCAUCGCUCUGCAGCCAGACACCCUCCAUUGUCAGCCCUGGGGGGCCAGGCCCCGCAUGGGGACACGGGGACAGGCCCAGGCCUGGCUUUAGGGGCUGUCCCCUGGGCUGGCCGCAGGUCAGGGUGACACCUGGGGGCUCAGGUGGGCAGCAGGGCGCUGAGCCCCCCGGAGCUGGGGGAGAUGAGCUCUCAGGAUGAGCAGCUCCCAGCAGCUGCAGCCCCCCAGCCAGCGGCCACCUCCGCACGAGGGCAUGACCUGGUGGUACAGGUGGCUCUGCAGGAUUGCCGGGGUCAUCGGGGGCAUGUCCUGUGCCUUUGCUGGUCUCUGGAACUGUGUCACCAUCAACCCCCUGAACAUCGCGGCUGGCGUGUGGAUGAUGCUCAACGCCUUCGUCCUGUUCCUGUGUGAGGCCCCUUUCUGCUGCCAGUUCAUCGAGUUUGCCAACAGCGUGUCCGCCAGGGCCGACAAGCUGCGGGCCUGGCAGAAAGCAGCUUUCUACUGCGGGAUGGCUGUGUUCCCUGUCAUGCUCAGCCUGACGCUGACCACGCUCUUCGGCAACGCCAUCGCUUUCGCCACCGGGGUGCUCUAUGGUCUGUCGGCCCUUGGAAAGAAGGGAGAUGCCAUUUCCUACGCCCGCAUCUACGAGCAGCAGAAGCAGAUGGAUGAAGAGAAGCUCACGGGGACCCUGGAGGGACAGGCUCUCUGAAGGACACAGCAUCUCCUGGACACGGAGACGGUGAAGACGUGGAAAUCCACCCUGCCCUUCCUUCUGUCCUCUCACUCCUUGCUACACCACGAUUUCCCUGGAUGCUGCAGCAGCUGGAAAUCUCAGGGGCUGGGGCAGGCUGUGUCCUCUCCUCAGACCAGCAGCCAGACCUCAGCACACUGCUCCUUCUCUCCUCAGCCCUCAAUCCAACAGCUCACAGUGCCCCUAUUUUUCAAUAUAUAUAUAUAUAUAUUUUUUUUUUUUCUUUUUACUGCAGAGGUGCUGGCUCUCUGAGUGCUGCUUUCCCAGCCUUGUUUUGGUUUUUUUUGAGUGCUCCUUUGGGGACUGCCCUCUGGUUGGGAGAGGAGGGACAGAGGACCUGCCAGUGCAGGUUCCACAUGUUUAGGAACACUCCCUGGGAUGGCCCUUCCCAGGUACAAUACCUGACCCAGGGUUAGGUGUUUGCAAAACCCCCUGGUGCUUAACCUUGGUCUUCUUCCACUAUUUUAAUUAUAGGGCCAGGCAGUAGAGGCAUCACUGCACAGGAAAGAACUUCCAGCAAAAUCCCAUCUAAGGAUAAAAUCCAUCUCUGCAGGGGAGCUGGGCAGAUCCUGGGAUCUCCAAAGCACCGUCCCUGCUUCCUCUGGAUCCAGCUGCAGGCAGUUACUGCAAUUUACUUGAAUUAUAAGAAUUAAUUACUUUGUCUUAAUAAGGACACUUUUCUUAAGCUUUACUCUUACUGGGGCGGAAGGGAAACAAUAUUUGCUGUACCUCAGCUGGAAAGGAUGUUGUUUCUUGAGCCAAGUGGGAUUUUUUGCUGGUGUGAGGGCCGCUGAUGUACAAGAGCAUUCCUGCUUUGUGAGCCUGGGACUCUGCUCUGUCACCUCCCUGCAUCCCUCUGUGGAGGGACCUGCUCUUUUCUUGCCUGGUACAGCCUUUGUCUUUGGGACUGUGUUUUUUUGCAUCAAUCCUGAGCUGGUUUUGUAUGGGAAGGUGGCACAUCCUCCCUGUGCAAACAGAGAGGAGGCUGCACCAUUUCAGUGUGGACAGCUGGGAUGUUUUACUUUGCUAUUCCAGGCUCUUUCUGUGGUUUUCAAAUUGUAUUUUCUGUUUGCUUUGUACCAUGCAGUACAAAACUGCUCACUAAUUCCAGAUCCCACUCUUCUCAUUACAGUUUGUCCUGGGGAUUUUAAUUUAUUUGAUUUUUAUAUGGUUGCUUUUUGUUUUGAUUAGGAAAAAGGGGAAUAAUUUAUUUCUAGUUAUUGAAGUAUUUUGAUGGGACUCAUUUUCUCUGAAUAUAGGAGAAAGGAGUGCUCUGUUUCCUGUGCUUCACAGGGCUGCCUCUUUUCACCAGGGGUCUCUGAACCCAGGGACAGCCCUGUCUGCUGCAAAAUCCAAUUUCAGCCUUCGGAGUGUUUCUCAGACUCUUCAAAAAAAUGUGUGCUGUCCUUCGACCCCUUUGUCUUGUUCUGGGCCACAAGCUUGACAAACUGUGUUUUCCCCCUCUUCUGGGAGAGAGGAGGGAGGAAAACUGGGCUGUGAGGGCUGGAUUGGAGCAGCCAGCAGCACUUUGUGUCCCCAUUUGAAUCCUUGGGUGCAGAGGGGUUGUGCUGUGCUCUGAGAAAUGCUGCUGGAGGCCGAGUGCUGUCUGUCAGAGGGGUCUGUCCAUGCUGAAAACUCUCCUUAGACCCUGCCCUUCCUCAAGCUGCUGGCUCCUGUGAGCUGCUGCUUCUUUUCUGGAGCUCAGGAGCUGUGAGGAUCCCCACCAGUCAGGAUUUCCAGAGGCCCCUGCAGCUGGAUGUGGGCACCUUUUUUAUGCAAAGCCCCUUUUCCUCCUGCCUUUGAACUGGGAUUGCUCCAACACCCCUUGUCUGGGAUGCAGAGCAGGCACCACCAGCCUGGAUUUUUUUCCAUAAAGGCAGCUUUUUUUCCCAUAAAAGCUGUGCUGUUUUGGAGCCCCCAGCCCUUGGCUGAUCCCUGGUGCUGACUGCAAUGCAUUGGCCCACAGCCUCCUGCUGCCUGCAGGGAUGGAUGCUGCAGGAGGGAUGUGGGAUACUCCAGUGGGAAUAACCUCUGGGUGAUGCAAGGGCAGAGUCCUGCCUCAGGGCUGAGCACGUGCUGGGAUUUCAGGGGGUGUGGGGAGUUGUGUAGUGUUUAGUAGAGGAAUGUUGCAGACCAAUGCAUGUCAAUGUCUCUGGUAGUGACAGCUUUGCUCUGUGAGUAGUUCUGCAGUAGCUUUAGUGUCAGGAGGUGAAAGGCAAAGCAGAGCUCAAGGGCUGAGACUUCCAGGGUGCUCUGAGGAAGCACAGAACUGGUGGGACCCUUGCUGGCCUCAUCUGUCACUCCUGCCACGGUCCCUGGGGCUGCUCUGGGGCUCCUUGGCAUGGGCAGGGUCCACUCUGCUCCCUGGCAGCCUGGCAGAAGUCCCAGCAGAGCUGUCACGGUGUUUUGUGGCAGCAGGGCCUGACUCUGGGGCUGGGGCAUGGGAAAAAUCUGCAUCAAUCUGCCACCAUGGGCGGGUGGCAAAGCUCAGCCCUGAGCUGAAAAUAGGCCCAGGGACUCCCCUGAAAGAGCUGAGCUGGAGCCUUUGGCCACAGUGCUUGAAGUGUCUGUGCCUGUCACAACUGGAAGUGUCUCAGAUCCAUGCUCCAAGGGUGGUUACUCCUACAGGGGCCAGUCUGGAGUGGGAACCCUUGGGAAUUUUGGCUGUCUGGUGAAGCUGGAACCAAGCCAGAUGCUGCCAUCAUUGCAGACAGGCUUGGUGACAGCACCCAUGGCUUGUAGGAGCUGUGGUGACAGUCAGUGAAUGGUCUCACCCCAGUGUGGGCCUGUUUGGUGGAGAUAGGAAGGAGCUGUAGAGUAGUAGCAUCACAGUAGUUAAAUGCCAGUGCAUGGUGGUUGUUGUGUUUAGAGGCACCCACGGGGUGCCUGGAGCUGUGCAAAGACAAAUGAAGUUCAAACCCUGCUCUGGAGGUUUCACAAGCUCAACCCAACCCCUGCUGAGGGCAUCCAGGCCGGAUGGCUGAUCCACAGGGGCUCUGUGGAGGAGGUUCUGCUCUCCAGGCCUUGGAAAGGAGAUGAUGUGAGGCUUUGGGGCGGGUGAUGCGCUGAGGACAUCGAGCUGUUGGCACUGAGAGUGGAAGGAGCCCUGGGGAGCAGUGGCCAGUCACAUACCAGUCACCAGGGCAGCAUUGAUGCACUGUGCCACUCUUCCACACCUCUGCCACUCGUGUGUGGCAGCUCCGUGUCCCCUGGGCUGCCCACGGGGCGUGAAGAGCAGAGCAGAGCUCGCUGCUCUGGGCAGGAGCUGCUUUUGUAACACCCAUUGAUUCUCUGUGUGUGCAGUGAAUAAAAACACCAUUCUACCUCUGGAAAGGGCCACUGUGAUUUCUCAGAUUCCAAACGUAGCAAAAGCCCUCGGACUUGCUGUGCUGAAGAAAGGAGGUCAUUCAAAAAAUGCUCCUCCAGUGAGGUUCUCUCAGGAGCUGAAGAGUCCAACCUCAUUUCCUAGUGGGGCAUUUCCUCCUUAGGCUGAGCCCUGGGAAGCUCAAUUCAUCUCUGUAAUUUUUUCCUCAGGAAAAAACAUCCACUGUCUUCAGGGAAGGGUUUCACUGAAGUGAAGAUAUCAAGAGCUGGUCCAUAGCCAUGUGAGAAACAGAAUGCCAGAAAUCCUGAUCUUCAGAAGGUCAGUGGAAACCAGAGGCUCUUGAGACCUCUUGUAGUCAGGCCAUGCUUAGAAAAAGUUGUGUUCCAGCCAGGGCUGAACAUCUUUCUGGAAAAUGGUCUCAGCAGCAAAGGGUAGGUUUAAUACUGAAUGUUUUCUGCGUUUUUGAUUUUGGCCCACCGCUCUGCCUCUGUCCUAGGCUGUUUUAAAUUAAUGCUGUGAUAAAGCACAACUUCUCUUAGGUGAUUUCCCAUCUCCUGCUGCAGGAGAUCAAAAUGGCAGCUGGCACAUCUGGAGGGCUGGCUCAAAUAUGCUGUUUUACCUCCUGCUUCCUUGUGACAGCAGGCUGAAUGUCCCAGGAAUAGCCCUUGGGGUGCCAAGUGCAUUUCAGGAGCUUGAGUACAUCAUGUCCCAGCUCAGCCUUUGUGCUUCUGCCCUUUUGGGAGGAGUCAGAUUGGACUGAGCAAGGCCAUUUUUUCCUCACAGCCAUAACCACCUCCUGCAGCUGUGUUUUACCUUGGGUUAGCUCUAAAAAAAUAAUUAUGAAAAGUUCUUAAUCUUGCAGGACAUGCAGGAAAGGGGUGAGACUCAUUUGCUACUAACUAUGCAGUUGAAAUCUCAGAGUGAUGGAGGUGGAGGCACAUCCACCUCCCUCUUUGUGGGUGGGUCAAAGCCUAAGUGGGAAGGACCCACCCCAACACAAAGUGUUGUCAGUACUCAUUGUGUCUUUCCCACAGGGAAUCACUUGCACUACAGCUGAAUGUUUGUCUGUUCUUCUGUCCUGGCUUUUUGUGAACUGUAUUUGGUCUUGUUCAUUAGGCUUCUAGUGUAAUGUGUGUUUUUAGACCAAUAAAAUGUGGCAGCUUUUUGUAAAAAAGA